CACCCUGCUGUCACCCUCCCCGCUGGGUGGCUAUGCAGAGGCAGUGACGUCACCGGGCUGUCUCUCGCUCCCUUCCUGCUGCAUCACAACAGCCGUUAGUAGCUCGAGUAGUGACCGGGGGGGAGAGGAUAUCCACAGACAUUUCAUUGAUAAAACAACUCUUAUUGACGCUGCAACAACAUCCUAACACGGGGGUAACAGACAGGACCUGGUUGCAGUGAGAUAACCCCGCUCCUCCAGCUGUUGGGAGAUGGCCAGGCCGGAACAGGUUCUGCUCUUGGAGCCUCAGCACGAACUGAAAUUCAGAGGUCCAUUCUCAGACGUGGUCACCACAAAUCUCAAGCUCUCCAACCCUACAGACAGGAAUGUGUGUUUCAAGGUGAAGACGACAGCGCCGCGCCGCUACUGCGUGCGGCCGAACAGCGGAAUCCUCGAUGCAGGCACAUCAAUCAACGUCUCAGUUAUGCUGCAGCCUUUUGACUAUGAUCCCAAUGAGAAGAGCAAACACAAGUUCAUGGUGCAGUCCGUGCUAGCACCUCCUGACAUGACCGACAUGGAGGGAGUGUGGAAGGAGGCUAAGCCAGAUGAGCUGAUGGACUCCAAGCUGAGAUGUGUUUUUGACAUGCCAGUGGAGAAUGAAAAAACACUUGACAUGGAGUCCAACAAGAUGAUGUCGUCCAGCUUGCUGAAGUCGGACUCCUCCACGCUGCCUCCAAAAUCAAUGAGCUCCACCUUCGAUGACGGGGAGGUAAAGAAGAUCAUGGAGGACUGCAAGAGGCUGCAGAUGGAGGCUCAGAGGCUACGGGAAGAAAACAAACAGAUCAGGGAGGACGAUGGUCUGCGGAUGAGGAAGAGUAACGUGAUGUCAUCUCAGCACACCUCAAUUGGCAUGAAGAAAGACGAGGGGUUGAGCGCCCGCACGAUGGCCCUCAUCGUGCUCUUCUUUGUGGUGGGCGUCAUCGUGGGCAAGUUGGUCUUGUAGAUGGCAGCAGUUCGGUCGGGCCGCAGCAUGCUUUCAGGGGGAAGAAAUCAAACACGGGAUCUGGGAUUUUGGAUCAGAAAUGCCAUAUCCACUGGGUGGGGGGUGGUACUAGUUUUGAUUCAGUCUCAUUUAUGUAACAUUUUAAAAGGUAAUGUAUGAGAAAAUAAAGAAGAAAAAAACCAUUCAUCAUCUAAAGAACAAACCAACUGUUACAGGUCUUGCCUCUACGUAAACAUCACAUAGUCAUUCUGGCCCUUUUUCUCAAAGUUUCAUGUAUACAGAUGACUGUGUGGGGGGGGAGUAAUGGAAACAUGAUUUAAUGCAAGUGAUCAAGACCAGUUUUUCUAACACCGGCGAGGUAGUGUUGCUGCGACUGAGUCAGUUUGAAAGUGUGUGAAUGUCAUUUUAGUGUAUUGUUGUUUCUUUUUCUAAAUGACGGAGGCCAGAGCCGAUGUGUAUGUAUACGUAACCGCCCCACACACGCACACUGCACACUGCACACUGCACACUAUAUCCAGGUGUCCCCUGGCUAAAACUCCUUUUAAGGAAGGGAUUUCCCAGAGGAAUGAUCCUCACACAGGGCUAUCAAACUGACUCCUUCAAUCACAGGCUUUGUCAAAUCGGCUCGUCUUUGAUUGUCGAACAACUUUGAUCAGUGAACACUAUUCGUAUUUUCUUUCCUCGUGUGGUUUAUUAUUUUCACUCUACCUUUAUUCCCGUUGACUGUCACUCACUGCUCACCACACCCCCGGUUGUCAGAAAGGGGGAUGUUUGAUUGCAUGCGUUCACACACACUGUUGCAUCUGGACUUUUUGAAUCUAAUUUAAUUGCUUUUAUAAUGGUGAUUAUAAUAUGUCAUUUGACUGUAGGUUUGCACAACUUCAUUUUCAGAGUUUCUUUCUGUCUUUGUUGGAUUUUUAUGAUUUUAAUUCAUUCUUUUGUUGUUAGGAUGAAAGCUUUUAAGGAUAUUGCAGCUACAAAGAUGAACUCCAGAUUUGUAGGACGAUUUCUGUACAUGUUAAACAGAUAAACUGCUUGCCUUGUGACCUAUUUGGGCAAGUUAUUCUCAGGCCAAGACAAAGGUAUAUACAGUACAUAAAUAUAUAUAUAGAAAUACACACACAGAGAAAGCAUGCAUACAUAUAAUAAGAGUGGACAGGAGGUGCAUGUGACUGUUAUGUGUUUCCCUUACAGCAUCAACAACACCAAGGUCCUGUUUCAGUGUCCUCUCAAAGAGACCUUGGUCUUUUCCAACUCUUUUUUGUUUUCUCACAUUUUCCUACUGAGCCAUACAUUUGUUCACGUUUUGUUUGGGGCAAAUGUAUGUCAGAGAUCAACUGAGUGUUUCCAGUUUCUUUGCUGCUGGUGAUUUGUGUGUGAUUUUCUUUCAACUCCACUGCAGGCCUGUGUUUAGUUUGUUGGUGUUUGUUCAGCAUUGAUCUGUUGCUUAUUAAUGUUAUACCCUCACUGCAGUUGAAGUCAUAUUCAUUUUUAAUGCACUAAGAUUAAGAGUGUGUCUCCU